GUGCGCAUGUUCAAUCUCGCUGGCUUUUCCAUUCCACUCUUCUUUCCCCUUCUCUCUCUGUCUCCACCGCCUUGAAGAGCAGAGGGUACUGUAGCGAGAGAAACCAAGGACCAGAGAGACUAGAGAGAGAAGAGAAGAGAGAAGGAAAGAGGGCUGGCAACUUUCACUUUCGGAGGAAACUAAUUCCCUGAAAAUGCCACCACCGACACAACAGAGCACUAGCCUGAACGGUGACCACAGACCAUCACGCCCACCGCAGCGUUCAGACACCCACCACCACCACCACCAUCCGUACUACCCAACAUCGUCGUCUUCCAACUCAGCCUCCUUGAAAGGCUGCUGUUGCUGUCUCUUCCUCCUCUUCUCCUUCCUCGCUCUCCUUGUCCUCGCUAUCUUCCUUAUCAUUAUUCUCGCCGUCAAGCCUAAAAAACCUCAGUUCGAUCUCCAACAAGUCGGCGUCCAGUACAUGGGCAUCUCGGCUUCAAAUCCCAGUUCGCUUGACCCGACCACCGGCACAACCACCAUCGCUACUGGCCCCACCACAGCUUCACUGUCUUUAACCAUCCACAUGCUAUUCACCGCCGUUAAUCCCAACAAGGUUGGGAUCAAGUACGGGGAGUCCAAAUUCACUGUCAUGUACCAUGGGAUUCCUUUGGGCAAAGCUUCGGUUCCUGGGUUUUUUCAGGAGGCCCAUAGCGAGCGUCAGGUGGAAGCCACCAUUUCUGUCGAUCGCUAUAGCUUGAUCCAGGCCAAUGCUGCUGAUUUGAUAAAGGAUGCUUCGUUGAAUGAUAGAGUGGAGCUUCGGGUUCUGGGUGAAGUUGGUGCUAAGAUCCGUGUCCUAGACUUCGACUCCCCUGGAGUACAGGUAUCAGUGAACUGUGCAAUAAUGAUAAGUCCAAGGAAGCAGGCUCUUACUUACAAGCAGUGUGGAUUUGAUGGACUAAGCGUUUGAGUAAGCCGUACCUGGGCAAAAACAAUGGGCACGUAUGAAAAAUAUGAAAGGAAGAAUUUCCCACACAACAACCCCCCAUCCCACACACUCUCUUUCUCUCCUCUCUUGUUUAAUUUUUUUCCCCUCUCCUUAGAUAAGAGAGAAUGUGUAGAAAGCAAAGAGAAGGUUAGAAAGCAGAAAGCAUGUUAAGACUGGAGACCCAUAUCCUCUCGUGGAUAAAUGGAAUUGGAUGGAAGGUAAGCAAAUAAGUGGUAAAAGAGAAAUGGGGAUAUUCUAAUUGGGAAAUCAAAAUGUUUUUCCCAAGAUUUUGCAGAUUUUUAUAUUGGUUUACUUCAUGAAAGCUUAAAAAAAAAAAAAAAAAGCUGAUUGCUUGUAUAAAGUGUAAUUCUCAUGUAAUUCCACACCCAAUUAGCCUCUCUCUCUCUCUCUUCCUUUCUUUCUUUUUCCUUCUAUCCUCUAAAUUGUGGUGUGUUGGUACAUCAAGCACACGUAUCGUUUUAUGGAUUCAUCAAGUUGAGUGUAUAUGUUUAAAUAUAGAUUAGAAUCACUUGUAUAUUUUUAGGAUUUUUUUUUUCUAGAAGGUGUUUUAUGUUUUUAUUAAAAUAUUUUGGAUGAAUAUAGUAAGUUAUAUUUACCAUCUCA